UCUUACAUUACCAUUACUUUACUAAUAUCAAAAGUCUGUCAUAUGUACCAACCUGGUUGGCCAGACCGCCAAAAAAUAAAAGAUGAAGAAAAGAAUUUGUAUUAAGUUGUGACGCGAAUGAUUUGAGACAUGGAGUUGGAGGGAAGUGGUGCUGACACAGGCGGCAUGUCGCUGGCGCCUGUGAAGGAGGAGCCCGAGAAUGCAGUCACGGAACACUUGGACCUCGCCACUGUUAAAGAGGAAGGGGAAUGUGUGGAUGAAGAAGAGUGUGUGAAGGAGGAGUGCGAGGAUAGCACAGUGUGUGGCGUGAGCGAGGCAGCCAUGCUGGCCGGCUUGUACACAGACCAUGUGGUUAAGGAUGACCUCGUACUGGGGCCAGAGCGCCCACACCGCCCCAUUAGUUUGCAAAACCAAAAGGUAUCUACAGCGUCACAUGAGGACACACACCGGCGAGAAGCCUGCUGCGUGUAUAAAAUGUAA